AUGUCGCGCUCUUUCUAUGUGGACUCGCUCAUCGUCAAGGACGCGGCGGCGGCGGCCAGGCCGGCGCCUUCCCUGCCGGAGCCGCCCCCGCCGCCGCCGCCGCCGCCCCCCGGCCAGGAUUUCCUCAUCCCGCUGGGCGUGCCGGCGCCCUUGGUCAUGUCGGUAGCCGGCGGGCCCGCCUGCCCGUCGCGCAAGAGCGGCGGCGGCGGCGGCGGCUCCUUCUGCGUCUGCCCGCUCUGUGUCACCUCGCACCUGCACGCCUCGGCGCGGGCCGGUGGAGGAGGAGGAGGAGCAGGGGGAGCCACCGUGGCCCUGCCGCUGCUCAAGGGCCACUUCGCGCCGGGCGGCGAGGGCCACUUCUGCCCCCGGAUGAGCCACGGGCAGCAGCAGCCGGCCCCGCAGCAGCAGCAGCAGCCCGGAGCUAUGGUAGGCUCGAGCUCCUGA